AUGGACACUAUAUUCACCUCCUUCCUAGAAGAAAUAAGAAAGAAAAAUUUAUUGGGAGUUGGGUAUUUUGUGGUAACACUUUUAACUAUUUAUCUUACUCGAUGGAUUUAUAGAUGGAGAAAUCCAAAAUGCAAUGGUGUUCUUCCUCCAGGUUCCAUGGGAUUCCCUCUCAUUGGGGAAACUCUUCAAUUGAUCCUUCCAAGUCACUCAUUAGACCUUCCUCCAUUCUUGAAAAAUAGAAUUAAAAGAUAUGGACAGAUGUUUAAGACAAAUGUAGCAGGGAGGCCAGUGAUUAUAAGUGCAGAUCCUGAAUUCAACAAUUUCAUUCUUAAACAAGAUGGAAAAUUGGUGGAGACAUGGUCAUUGGACACUUUUGCUGAAGUAUUUGAACAAAAUACUCAUUCUUCAAGAAAAUAUACAAGGCAUUUUACUCUUAAUCAUUUUGGUGUGGAGGCACUUAAGGAUAAGUUACUUCCUCAAAUGGAAAAUUUUAUUAAGUUGACUCUUGAAAAGUGGUCAGGCCAGGAUUCUCUUGAAGUAAAAAGUGCAGCAAUUAAAAUGACAGUUGAUUUUGCUGCAAAGCAAAUUUUCAGUGGUGAUCUUGAGAAUGCACCCUUCAAUAUCAGUGACAUGUUCAGGGACUUAGUAGAAGGCUUAAUGUCUUUCCCUGUUAAUCUUCCUGGAACUGCUCAUCAUAAAUGUUUGCAGAUUCAUAAGAAAGUGCGCGAAACAAUGAGAGACGUUCUGAAAAAGAGGCUCAGUUCAUCUGCAGUAAAACGCGAAGGAGAGGAAGACUUAGUCGAUCAUCUGCUGAGAGACAUGGAUUCUCAAAAAUUUCUAACAGAGGAUUAUAUAGUUCAAAUGAUGUUUGGUUUGUUAUUUGUCACAUCUGACUCUAUUUCAACUACAUUGGCUUUGUCUUUCAAGUUGCUUGCUGAACAUCCUGUUGUCUUGGAGGAAUUGAUAGUUGAACAUGAGACAAUUUUGAAGAAUAAAGAGAAUUUGGAUGCCCCUCUCACUUGGAAUGACUAUAAAUCCAUGACAUUUACACUUCAGGUUAUCAAUGAAGUCCUGAGGUUGGGAAAUAUUGCACCUGGACUAUUCCGUCGAGCAUUAAAGGAUAUUCCAGUUAAUGGAUAUACAAUUCCAAAAGGAUGGGUAAUUAUGAUUGCCACAGCUGCUCAUCAUUUGAACUCAGCUCAAUUUGAGGAUCCCCUUUCAUUUAAUCCAUGGAGGUGGAAGGAAAUUCAACCAAGUUGUGUAGUUAAGAAUUUCAUGCCAUUUGGAUCUGGGAUGAAGCAAUGUGCUGGGGCAGAAUAUAGCAGGGUCUUCUUAGCAACCUUCCUACAUGUCUUAGUCACUAAAUAUAGAUGGACAAUGGUGAAGGGAGGCAAAAUUACUAGAGCACCAAUUAUAAGGUUUCCAGAUGGAUUUCACUUCAACAUUUCUCACAAGAAUCAAUAA